CGAAAUUGACAGCCAAAAAGAAAAUCGUGAAUUUAAAGUUGUCGCAAAAAUUUGAGGAAUCCUCGUUAAAAUAACAAGCCAAAAAUGCCUAGCAGCGAUCCAUUACCGCCUAAGGAAAGUGCUCUUUUCCGCAAAAUAUUGAAAUGUUACGAGAUGAAACAGUACAAGAACGGCCUGAAGCUGGCAAAGAUGAUUCUCACAAAUCCCAAGUUCACGGAGCACGGCGAAACGUUGGCAAUGAAGGGAUUGACGCUAAAUUGCCUCGGUCGCAAAGAGGAGGCCUACGAGCAUGUGAAACGCGGUCUUCGCAACGAUCUCAAGAGUCACGUAUGCUGGCACGUCUACGGAAUUUUGCAGCGCACGGACAAAAAGUACGACGAAGCGAUCAAAUGUUAUCGCAACGCCCUCAAAUGGGACAAAGACAACAUCCAAAUUUUGCGUGACUUGUCGCUGUUGCAGAUCCAGAUGCGCGAUCUCGAGGGGUAUCGAGACACGAGAUACCAACUUUUCAAGUUGCGGCCCUCACAGCACGCCUCGUGGAUCGGUUUUGCGAUGAGUUAUCACCUUUUGGGCGACUACGACACGGCCUGCGACAUUUUGGAGUCGUUCCGUGACUCGCAAACCGUCGAAUCGCACGACUACAAACACAGCGAGCUGCUGCUGUACCAAAAUCAGGUCAUAAAGGAGUCGGGAAAUUAUUUAAGGGCGAUGCAACAUUUGGAAAAAUUCGAGCCGGAAAUCCUCGAUAAGUUGGCGGUGAAGGAGACGAAGGGAGAUUUGUGCCUUAAACUCGAGCGAUUCGCGGAUGCCGUCGAAAUUUACAAGGACUUGAUAAAACGCAAUCCGGAAAAUACUCUGUACUACAAAAAACUCAUCGAAUCGCGUCGCAUCACGAAAGAAGACGAGAUUUUGGCACUUUAUCGUGAGAUGCAACAAGAAUAUCCGCGGGCAAUUUGCCCGAAACGCCUCCCCUUGGACGUUGCCAAGGGAAAAACGUUCCACGAGCUCAUCGACACCUACUUGAGACAAAAUAUCCGCAAAGGAGUCCCGCCGCUCUUCGUUUCGCUGCGUUCGCUGUACAAAGACAAGGAAAAAGUCGCAGUAAUUGCUCAAUUAGUCGAAAGUUACGUCGAAAAUUUGAAGGUUUCCGGUCAUUUUAGCGCCGGGGACAAGGAAAAAAAUGCCGAACGCGAACCCGCAUCCGCACUUUUGUGGAGUUUGUACUUUUUGGCGCAGCAUUUUGACUUUUUGCGUGAAACGGAAGUCGCUCUCAAGUACAUUGACGCCGCAAUUGAACACACUCCGACCCUAAUUGAGCUUUUUGUGACCAAGGGAAGGAUUUUUAAGCAUGCCGGUGAUACCGAAACUGCCGUUUAUUGGUUGAACGAAGCUCAGAGCUUGGAUACGGCGGAUCGUUAUAUCAACUCAAAGUGCGCCAAGUACAUGCUGCGUGCGAAUCAACUUAAAGAAGCGGAAGAAAUUUGCGCGAAAUUCACGCGAGAAGGCGUCUCUGCCAUGGAGAACCUCAACGAGAUGCAAUGCAUGUGGUUCCAAACGGAAUGCGCGCUCGCCUACAAACGCAUGGAAAAGUACGGCGACGCCCUCAAAAAAUGUCACGAAGUUGAACGACAUUUUGCGGAAAUCAUCGAGGAUCAAUUCGAUUUUCACACAUAUUGCAUGCGAAAAAUGACGUUGCGUUCGUACGUGGGACUUUUGCGACUUGAAGAUGUCCUGCGACGACAUCCGUUUUACUUCAAGGCCGCCAAAUGCGCCAUCGAAGUUUACAUCCGACUUUUUGACAAACCCCUGCCCGCCGAAUCCUCGAGCGAAGAUAUCGAUUCGGAGAAUUUGCCGCCUAGCGAACUAAAAAAACUGCGAAACAAGCAACGAAAAGCCAAGAAAAAGGCGGAACUUGAAAGUGCGCAGCAACAACAAGCGCAAGUCAAGAAGGAGCAACACAAUAAAUCGCGUCAAGCGCAAAAUGCGGAUGGGGAUCCGGAAGCGCCGCAACUUGAUGAGUUAAUUCCGGAUAAAUUAGCACGUCCGGAAAAGCCGCUCGAGAAGGCAAUUGAGUUUUUGAAGCCGCUGCAACUUUUAGCCAAAGACAGAAUUGAGACGCAUCUCAUGUCGUUUGAAAUUUAUUAUCGCAAGAAUAAGUUGUUGCUCAUGUUGCAGGCGGUGAAGCGUGCGAUGCGCAUCGAUCCAGAGCAUCCGGGUGUUUAUUCGUGUCUUUUGCGAUAUCAUGACAUUUUGGAUAAGCAACAAGCGGAAAUGGAUCCGAAUGUCAAGACGGUGAUCGAUGCUGAGCGGAAAAAUUUGUUUAACGGAUGCACGGCGAAACAGUUGGCGGAGCAGUUUACGAAGAAACAUGCUGGAUCCAUGGAACAUUUGCUCGAAACUGCCAAAUGGAUGUACUCGACGGACAAGACGAAACGAAAGGAAGCAAUAGACAAGAUUACGAGCUUUAAUUUGGAGAAACAAACGUUAGAGAGCUGCGCAAAAGUGUACGAAAACCUCAAAUAUCUGGAUGCAACCGAGCAAGAAUCGAACAACUAUCGCAUCGAGUGUCAAAAACGUUUUCCAUAUGCCCUCAUUUUCCAAACUGCCCGUGAUAAAGCAGUUAACAAAGCUCUUGCCGCCGAAGCGGAAAGCAAAAAUCACGUCAGUGAACACCACGAAGUCAAUUCCGACUCCAAUCCGGUAAUAGCUUAGACCACAACUAUCUAUUAAUUAAAAAAAAAACAAAUAUGAAUAAUAAAAAUUAUUAUUAAAAACCCCCUAAACUUACAUAAAAACAAGAAACAAUUUCACAUAUUAUAGAAUAAAAAAAUUAGCAAACAAAUUGUCCAUUUUACAUAAAAAAAAAGAAAACUGAAAUUAAAGCAAAUAAUAUCCAAUAUGUAAAAAAAAGCUAAUUUUAAACAAUUUUUCAUCAACCCUCUAAGGUCCUCAAAAUCCCAGAAAUAACUUAAAUAAUCAAAAUAAAUGAAAACGAUUUUUAUUCAAUGAAAAAAAUGAUAGAACAAAAGAGAUAAAAUUUAAAUUUAGAGGUUGCUGAUCGUGUUUUAGAUAGUGUCUGAUUUGUACAGGCCACACUUUUACAUAAGAAUAACUUUAAAAAUCAAUAUCUUACUACUAAACUAUUAUGUUAUUUAAUUAAUUGAGUAUAAAUGAUUAAUAAUAAUCGUAAAAUAAAAUAAAAAUAGGAUUCAAAUUUUAAACAAGGAAUUUUUGGUUUGUUUUUGGAAUUUUUUUUUCUUUGGUAAACAAAUAAAAAAUGUGUAAAUUUAAAAAGAAAAAUAAA